GGAUAAAAGGAAGCAGCCUGAACUUUGCUUUCUUUAUUAAAUCUAUGCUGCUUAUUUUAAAUUUACAAAAUGUAAAUCUUGAAUAUAAACAUCCUGUCCUGAAAAGUAAUGAGAGCCAGCCAUUUGGAUGUCAAGAGUUUGAAGAAAAACGAACUAAUUCAUUGCAAGUGCCAAAAUUUGUCAAGCCUUCAAAUAUAGACCUUCUCCAAACCAUCCCAUUACUUCUACACGGCUGUAUUUGUGGGUGAAGCAUCUUUAUGCUUUUCUCUCGCGGAAUCAGUAGAGAGAAAGAGAAGAGGCUCUGAUUUUUAGGAUGGAGAGGUCUGCGUUUGACUGUCAGUAUUGUAAUGAGUCCCUUUAUGGAAGAAAAUACACAGAAAAAGAUGACAGUCCCUACUGUAUCAAGUGCUUUGAUGAGCUUUUUGCUAAUAUCUGUGAAGGCUGUAAAAAGCCAAUUGAAUGUGAUUCUAAGGACUUUUCUUAUAAAGACAGCCAUUGGCAUGAAGCCUGUUUCAAGUGUGACAAAUGCACCCAUUCUCUCGUGGAGAAACCCUUCGCUGCUAAGGAUGACCUCUUAUUUUGUAUUGAUUGCUAUUCUACCGAGUAUUCAUCUAAGUGUUUCAGCUGCAAAGCGACCAUAAUGCCAGGGUCUCGUAAAAUGGAAUAUAAAGGCAGUAACUGGCAUGAAACCUGCUUUGUUUGCCAAACUUGUCAACAGCCUAUAGGACCCAAGCAUUUUAUUCCCAAACAGUCCAGUAUCUAUUGUGUAUCAUGCUACGAGAAGCAGUAUGCCAGCCAGUGCAAGUCCUGUAAAAAGGCAAUCACGUCAGGAGGAAUUUCCUUCCAAGAUCAGCCAUGGCACAGUGACUGUUUUAUGUGCACUGGUUGUAAAAGGAAACUGGCAGGAGAGAAGUUCACCUCCCAGGAGGAUAUGCCAUACUGCAUGGACUGCUUUGGCAAUCUCUAUGCCAAGAAAUGCACAGCUUGUGCCAAGCCUAUCACAGCUCAAGGAGGUGCCAAAUACAUCUCAUUUGAAGAUCGCCAGUGGCAUAGUGAUUGCUUCAUCUGUGCAAAGUGCACCACGUCACUUGUUGGUCAACGGUUCCUUACACAACAUGGAAAUAUUUUCUGCCCUGGGUGUUAUCAAGACAUACAGAUUUAAAACCAGCAUAACUACCGAGAUAUGCACUGUCAACUUUCUAAAACCACCAUUUUUGCAGUUUUUUUUUUUUUGAAGAGCUAUUGUAUGAAAGGGAUAUAUCCUCUCCCGUCAACACACCAAGAGCUAUAAGAGUUUUAUAUAUACUUUUGGUUUCUUAUUUUCUGU